AUGGGCCGCCCCGGCCCUGAGCCGCGCAGCGCGGCCCUGCGCAGCCCCGCGCAGCCCCGCCGCGCCACGAGCGCCGUGGCCAUGUCCGGAGGGGCGAGCCCGGCCCCGGCCCCUGGGAGCCGCCGCUUCGUCUGUGUUGGUCCCCCUCGCCACGCCUCACGCCGGUUCCCGGUGUUCUCCGGUCCCCUCGCCGUGUCCCGCACCCACCCGCUCGCGGGGCUUCCCGUCCGCCUCGCCGUGCCCGCACCCCCGGUUCAGGGUGCUGCGAGCACCCCAAGCUCGCCGUGCCCGCACCCCCGGUUCAGGGUGCUGCGAGCACCCCAAGCUCACCGUGCCCGCACCCCCGGUUCAGGGUGCUGCGAGCACCCCAAGCUCCUCGCCGUGCCCGCACCCCCGGGCAGGGUGCUGACAGCACCCCAAGCUCCUCGCCGUGCCCGCACCCCCGGGCAGGGUGCUGCGAGCACCCCAAGCUCCUCGCCGUGCCCGCACCCCCGGUUCAGGGUGCUGCCAGCACCCCAAGCUCCUCGCCGUGCCCGCACCCCCGGUUCAGGGUGCCCCGAGCACCCCAAGCUCCUCGCCGUGCCCGCACCCCCAGUUCAGGGUGCUGCGAGCACCCCAAGCUCCUCGCCCUGCCCGCACCCCCAGUUCAGGGUGCUCCGAGCACCCCAAGCUCCUCACCGUGUCCCGCACCCCUGGUUCAGGGUGCUGCGAGCACCCCAAGCUCACCGUGCCCCGCACCCCCGGUUCAGGGUGCUGCGAGCACCCCAAGCUCCUCGCCGUGCCCGCACCCCCGGGCAGGGUGCUGCGAGCACCCCAAGCUCACCGUGCCCCACACCCCCGGGCAGGGUGCUGCGAGCACCCCAAGCUCCUCGCCGUGCCUGCACCCCCGGUUCAGGGUGCUGCCAGCACCCCAAGCUCCUCGCCGUGCCCGCACCCCCGGGCAGGGUGCUGCGAGCACCCCAAGCUGCUCGCCCUGCCCCCACCCCCAAGCCGGGUGCUGCGAGCACCCCAAGCUCCUCGCCGUGCCCGCACCCCCGGGCAGGGUGCUGCGAGCUCUCCUGAGACUCCUUGCGGUGCCCCACAUCCCUGGCCUAGGUCCUCCCCAGUCUCCUUGCGAUGUCCUGCAGCCUCAACCUUCUGGAGAAGCCCCGCACGCCUGGCCUGGGUCCUCCCCGCCCUUCCUCUCCAUGCCCCGCACCCCGUCGCCGUGCUUCCUGCCCCCUUUGCAAUGCCCCACAGCCCCGGUUCGGGUGCUCGGAACAUCCCUGAGCCCCCUUGCGAUG